AUGCCUUCUGCCGACGAACUUCCCAAGACCUGCAAAGCAGCCACCUUCUCCAACCCUGGACCAAACUUCAAACUUGAGGUCACGGAUGUUGAAGUCCCCAAGCCCGGUCCUGAUGAGAUCUUGCUCAAGUUGAACGCAACUGGCCUCUGCCAUAGUGAUAUCCAUUUCAUGAUGGCCGAUUGGGAAGGUUUGGCUCCCCAGGUAAACAUUGCUGGUCACGAAGGAGCGGGUGUCUGCGUCGCCGUGGGAGAGAACGUUAAGGAUUGGAAGGUCGGAGACCGUGGAGGUAUCAAGCCUGUCAACAACAUCUGUCGCACUUGCGACAACUGCCGUGUUGAUCUGGAGACGCACUGUCCCCAAGCCGCCUUUCCGGGAUUUAACGCCAUGGGAUCAUACACCCAGUACGUCUGCUCGCCUGCCCACUACACCCAGCGCAUCCCCGAUGGCGUUGACGACUUUGUUGCCGGUCCGAUCAUGUGCUCUGGAGGAACUGCUUACCGUUCUCUGCGCUUGAGUGGAUUGCAGAUGGGUCAGUGGUGCUGUUUUCCUGGUGGUGGAGGUGGUGUUGGACACAUGGCUCUUCAGAUCGGCAAGGCUAUGGGAUUGAGGUGUAUUGUCAUUGACGCGGGUGAUGAAAAGGCCGAGCUUUCGAAGAAGUUGGGUGCGGAGCACUAUGUCGACCUCACCAAGACCAAGGACGUCGCCGCCGAGGUCAUGAAGAUUACUGGCUCUGGAGCUCACGGUGUUGUCGUGACCGCUUCUCACCCAAGUGCCUACGUCACUGCACCAAGCCUUUUGAGGGUCGGUGGUAUCGUUAUGUGCAUUGCUUUGCCGACCUCUGAUGAGACGGUUGUGGGAACUUCUCCGGCCGGCUUCGUCUUCAAGCAGUUGACCGUCAAGGGCACGCUCGUGGGAAGCUACGACGAUACCGCUAAGGCUCUUGACCUUGCCGCUCGUGGGCUGCUCAAACCCGUUUACCAGAAGUUCUCCUUGAACGAUCUGCCAAAGGCCGUGGAAUUGUUGAGGAAGGGGAAGAUCGCCGGCCGUGCGGUAGUUGAUCUUAACGACUACAAGUCUGAGUAA